UGUUAGAUUUUUAUAUUAAAUAAUAUUAUUUUCUAUUUUAAUAAAGGGAUAUAAAUAAAUAAAAAUAUGUUUCCUCGAAAGGAUAUUAAAGAAUGAUAAUAUUUUAUUAAUUUUUUUUAGCACCUCUCAACUCAUACAACUAUCGUAGAAUGAUUACAAAGAAAAGCUAUGUCUAGUAUCUACUAUAAUAAACUACUAUCUGCAUUUGCCCCUGUCGAGGCUAUUUCGCAACUCUAGAACUUUCCCAACUCUAAACCAUAUGAUACGUUUCAACUCAGCUCAUAUAAAAUGAGGAGGCUUUGAUGCAUUACUUCCAUAUAAGCAGGAACAACGCUCUCUCCAUACAAGGCUGACCACUAAAAUCCAGACUGAGCGACCCAAAGCUGCUUCUUAAUUCUUUUCUCUCGACUACUGAUUCCCAAUCCAGCAUGUUCUUACCCCGGCUGCUGUUGCAAACAACUGAAAGAACAUACAGAAAAUAAGGACAAGAGCAAAACAAAUGAAACCUUGCCUCGAUCCCUCGUGAACAUAGCAAACAAUUUUUCUUAUAAACUUUAAAUUGAAACUUUUGAUUCUAUAUUAUAAAAUGUUCUUCCCAAAUUUUCGAAAAGUCGAGAUUAUAGAGUUGUUUAACCGACGUCUAAAUUUAAAGAAGAAAAACACUUUUAAGGUCGGUCAAAUCAAGACAACUUUGGCUAUAACAGAGAAAAAGUGACACCAAGUUGUGAGGAAAUACAAACUAUGUUGUCUUUUCUUUGAAAAAAAAAAAACGUAGUUCUGAUUUAUUGCUAGGAGACAAGGAAUUAGAUGAGGCGACGAGAGAUCAGGAAACAGUUAAGGUAUUAAAUGGAACUUCUGAGAAACUUCGGGGACGUCGGCCGUACCCCACACCUCCAUCAUCGUAUUUAUUCCUACUACUUCCUUUUCCAAAAAAAUUUAAAUAUCAAUUUUAUAGUCCGGUAAACGCUCUUCUAGUUUUCUUCUUCCUUUCCGGUCUUCUCUUCCCCAGUUCCCCUUCCGCUUCCCCACUUCUAUUUCCCUUCAAUCCUUUCAUUUUCUCUCCUCAAAGAUCAGAUUUCCCCCCCCCCUUUUCGUUUCUGGGUUCGGUUUAUUCUUUGAUUAUACAAAGCCGGCGACUUUUUUCGUGUUCUUACAUAUCUUUUUUAUAUAGUCAAGUUGUGACGGCGGCUGUGGCGGUGGCGGGGACGAGGCAGAAAAGUAGGAGAAAGCUGGAGUUUGAUAUUUAUCAACCACCAUCACCACGACCACCACCAUCAUCAUCAGAAGCAGUAGAAGAAGGGAGUUGAUUACGACAUAGAGAACAGAGAAAAGAAAUAUGAGUAAACAAUCAGCUACAGCUUCUUCGAGAGGAGCCCCGUCUUUCUUCGAUAGAAUCACGUGUGGGACGUGUAUGAGAUCGUCAAGCAAGCAAGAUACAGGGAAAGGGAAGAGCAAAUCGUCGAAGUCAAGACGGGUUUCACACGGUUUCCACUUGGUCAAAGGCAAAUCAGGGCACGAUAUGGAGGAUUAUCACGUCGCUGAGUAUCGCAAAUCAAGGAAUCAUGAGCUUGGUUUGUUCGCAAUCUUUGAUGGGCAUCUUGGCGAUAGCGUCCCCAAUUAUCUCAAGGACAACCUGUUUGACAAUAUCCUCAACGAGCCCAAUUUCUGGAAAGAUCCUGCUGUGGCGAUCAGGAAUGCUUACUGCUCCACUGAUAAUUCCAUCCUGGAGAAUUCAUUGCAAUUAGGCCCUGGUGGCUCAACUGCAGUGACUGCCAUUGUUAUCGAUGGUAAAGACUUGUGGAUUGCCAACGUUGGAGAUUCUAGAGCUGUUGUUUGUGAGUUGGGUGCUGCAAAUCAACUUACAGUCGACCAUGAGCCUCAUGUUGAGCGAAAGAGGAUUGAAAAUAAAGGCGGCUUCGUCACUACUCUUCCUGGAGAUGUACCAAGAGUAAAUGGCCAACUAGCAGUUGCUCGAGCUUUUGGUGAUCAAAGCCUUAAAGCACAUUUAAGUUCAGAACCUGAUAUGAGACAUGUGCCCAUAGACGCCACGAUGGACUUUGUUAUAUUAGCAAGUGAUGGUUUGUGGAAGGUCAUGAAGAACCAAGAGGCAAUAGAUUUGGUGAAAACGAUAAAAGACCCUCAGGUGGCAGCCAAGCGCUUGACGACAGAGGCAUUGGCUAGAAACAGCAAAGACGAUAUAUCAUGCAUUGUGAUCCGCUUCGGAUGAUUCUUUGUCGACUUCACACAACGCUCGAUCCGAAGAGAGAACCACAAUGACUUUGUGGGCGCGGGUUUGAAAUGUUUGGAAGGUCUGUUUUUAAUGAAGUAGACUAGUAGUAGUCUGUAGUAUUCUUCUUAUUCUUGUGAAGUUGGAGCUAGGUUGGGAUUUAUAUGUUUUUUUCCUUCUCUUUUAUGUCCUUAAUGGUGUCUUCUCUUUGGUUUAUUUUCGAGUCAAGUUUGGACUGGGAGACAUCUUGGUGUUCUUAUCCACUUUAGCCUACCUAAUUAUUGAGGUGGGGCUGGUUGUGUUGCUGUGUAUAGAUAGAUGAUUGUUUUGGUGGGGGCAGAAGGUAAAGGGUAUAUGGCAUUUUGUUAAUCAAGCAAAGAAGGGUAAGAGAUGGGGGCUUGUUAGAUUGUAGGAUUCUCUCUUUUGUGUAUAGGUUUGUGGACAUGAAUAAAGACUCUCCUUUUAAGUUAUAUACAUUUCUUCUAGGUUUCUCAUUGCUGUAGUUGCCUGAGAUUUCACCUCCACUCCCAGGUUGCAGUAUCUGUAUCGGCACUGCCUGCCGGGCGGUCCUUAGUUUUUUGUUAGCAAGAAAGAUCAUUCUUCAAGGUGCUUUGGUUUUGGAGCAAGUCCUGCUAAGAAAGUGCGUAUUAUUUGGUGUUGGAUUCUUGGGUUCAUGGAUCCCUUUGUGGUAGAUACAUAAUGUUCAAAGAAAAGAUUAUAGUCUACAAUAUCGGCCACGAUUUGAGGCAAGUCAAGGGUUUGUGACAGAAUCAGAUGUGUAGUGCUUUGUGCAGCGCUGUGGCCGCAAAUCUGCGUUCAAAUAUAACUGUUUGCAUUGAACAUUAGAAAACAAGUGGCCGGUGGGCUAUCGCUGUCAGACCAGAAUACGUUUGGCGCUGCUUGAUGAAUUGGUUGGAUUUUGACCUGGUUUUUGCAACGGCUGCAUAGAUUUAGGGGUGGGUGAACCUGGGAAACGGGCGACUUGGGCCGUUCGAUGAACUAAUCAAGUGGUCUUUUUAACUAAAGUACUGCAUUUUGACAUUACAUAGAAUUCUCACAUUCCCACCAUCAAAUGCAUAAAUAUGCUUCAAAUCCUUGUAAGUUACAUUACCCUGGAGAAGUUACUCGUCCAGGAUUGAGAGGAGCAACAAUGAUAUUGAGAAUAUGGUGAAACAAUUUGACGUAGCAGUAAAGAGACAUGGUCUUCUGCAUAUCUUAAAUUACACAGAAGAAGGAAACUAAAUACACUGGGUCUACCAAAACAGAGACUUGCACCCCCCAGGAUUGGAACAGCCUGUAUUUGCCAAGUUCAACUCAAUCUUGAUCAAUACAUAAAAACAACAAUAUCUUCUUGUCAUUUCAUUAGGUCGGAGAUCACACACCGUCCUUCAGAUAAUCCGCCAUACACGAGGUUUGAAAUCCAGAUUCUGGCAGAAAAGCAGGACUUUAGGAUCACAAGAUGCACUCCAUCAGCAUAUAUAAUUCACUGCAGUAAUUUCCAACCAUGAGCUUCAAAGAACAACAAGUGACGAGAAUAAUAAGAGCGAAUAAAGCAGCAAGGCUCAACGAAGUACAAAGAGAAAUGCAAAAAUUGGACAACAAAAUCAUUAUCCUACG